CUCCCCCGGCCCGGGCGGCGGGGCGGGACUGGCCCGAGGGGCUGCGCGCCGAGGCGGUGGUGCAGCCUGGAGCACCCGGCAGCUGCGGCGGCCGGGGACCCUGGACCCCUCCUCAAGCGAGAAGGAAGGAAGGAAGGAAGGAAGGAAGGAAGGAAGGAAGGAGCAAAGCCCCUCCCACCCAAGGAUGACACUAAACACCCAGCAAGAAGCAAAGACCCCCCUGCGUCGGCGAGCCAGCACUCCACUGCCCUUGUCCGCCCGGGGCCACCAACCUGGCCUCUUGUGUACAGCACCUUCCACAAAAUCCCAGCAUCCCCGGCUGGGCCAGUCAGCCUCCCUCAAUCCUCCCCCCCGGCAACCUUCACCUGCCCCCAAUGGUUGGUCCUCUGAAUCCAGCGACUCUGAAGGCUCCUGGGAGGCCCUCUACCGCGUGGUACUGCUUGGAGAUCCUGGCGUAGGGAAGACCAGCCUGGCCAGCCUCUUUGCAGGGAAGCAAGAGCGAGACCUCCAUGAACAGCUUGGAGAAGAUGUGUACGAGAGGACCCUCACGGUGGAUGGAGAGGAUACCACGCUGGUGGUCAUGGACACCUGGGAGGCUGAGAAACGGGAUGAAAGCUGGAGCCAGGAUUCAUGCCUGCAGGUGGGCAGCGCCUAUGUCAUUGUGUAUUCCAUCGCAGACAGAGGCAGCUUCGAGAGUGCCUCUGAGCUCCGCAUUCAGCUGCGGCGCACGCAUCAGGCCGACCAUGUGCCCAUCAUCCUGGUGGGCAACAAGGCUGACCUGGCACGCUGCCGGGAAGUCUCCGUGGAAGAGGGCCGCGCCUGCGCGGUGGUGUUCGACUGCAAGUUCAUCGAGACGUCGGCCACGCUGCAGCACAACGUGGCCGAGCUCUUCGAGGGCGUGGUGCGCCAGCUGCGCUUGCGCCGCCGGGACAGCUCGGCCCCGGCGCCUCCCGCGCCCCGACGGCGUGCCAGCCUGGGUCAGCGGGCUCGUCGCUUCCUGGCACGGCUGACGGCCCGCAGCGCCCGCCGGGCACUCAAGGCCCGCUCUAAGUCUUGCCACAACCUGGCGGUGCUCUGAGGCCGCCCUGCCUCCUGGGGGUGGCGGAACACUGGGCUGCAUUCUGAGCUCCACCGAUGCCACCGAGGGUCCUCGACGCAGUUGCCUGGACUCGGCACAGUGGGCUGUGCCUGUCCGCUGCCCCGAGGGCCGCAGCAUCUCCCAGAGCUGCAGCUUCAGGGACCCCCUCCGCCCCAGGAAGGGGUGGACAGACUAUGGGACCGAAGCCUCAAGUUGGGCACAGAGUAGGGUUUUGUUUUUGUUUUUUUAUGCGGUGCGUGUCUUUUUGUAAAAAUCUUCCUUGUCCCUUGGCUCUGGCCAACUCACAAUAAACCAGACCA